CUCUAACAUGCAUUGUUUCCAUUGAUAGGUACAUAUAGAUGAAAAUGGUGCUUGGUAAAAGGUCUGACUAUGGCGACGCCAAGUAUGCAGGCGUGCAGGUGCCCUUCUCCGAUGAUAUACCCAAGACCGUAGAAUCCUAUGGCCUGUGCGGCUUUGACUUUGUGGUGGCGCCGCUGGUGCGCGAGAGCUGGCGCCCGCCCGCCCCGGCCGUGCUGGACAACGGCGCGCUGCCCUCGCCGCUGGAGCGAAGCGACUGCCUCUACAUCAACAGCUCGCAAUGGGCCAACCAGGUGGUGGGCGCCGUCAGCGACUGGAUCCAGCCCGACGCGGCCAACCCCGCACUGCGCCAGCGCUCCGUGACCGCCCUCAAGACGCAGCUGGGCUGGGCGGCGCACCUGGGGCUGCAAGCGGUGGUCAUGCCGCCGCCGCACGCGCCCGGCCGCUGCCCCAACUACGCCGGCGUGCUCAACCAGGCGCUGCAGAGCCUAACCCACAUGGCGCUGUGGCUCACGGUGCCGCUCGUCAUCCCCACACCCACACCCGCCCACGGUGCUGACAGCGGCGCGGCGGUGUCGGCUGUGGCGGGCGCGGGCGGCUUGGACGGCUGGGAGGCAUGGCACCAGGUCCGCGCUCAGUGCGACCACCACAACCUGCUCGGCGCGGCGCUGCUGGUGGGCCCCACCCUGCCCUCCCCCGCCUCGCUCAAGCGCUGGGCGGGCGAGCCCGUCAAGGCGCUGCUGCUGCCCACGGCCGUGUUCUCCGCCAACAAGCGCGGCUACCCGGUGCUGCCCAAGGCGCACCAGGAGCUGGUGGCGGCCUUCUUCAGGCUGGGCGUGCAGGUGGUGAUCACAGGCGAGGCCUGCCACGCCGUGCCGCCGCCCGCCGCCGCCGCCGCCGCGGCCCCGGGCGCCAAGCAGGUGACGCCGGCGCCCGCCGCCGCCGCCGCGGUGGGCCCUGGCGGCGAGCCGCUGGGCUUCACAGUGACAGACCCGGGCGAGAGCCACCCGCUGCGGCCGUACUGGGAGUACCUGUGCUUCCUGUUCAGGCGGCUGGAGGUGGUGUGUGAGCAGGAGCGGCAGGAGGCGAGUUACCGGGACUACCUGCAAGUGCCGCUGCAGCCGCUGCAGGAUAACCUGGAGUCCCAGACGUACGAGACAUUUGAAAAGGACACCCAGAAGUACACCCUGUACGAGGAGGCGGUGUUCAGGGCGCUCAAGGACCGGCAGGCCGCCGAGGCCGCCGCCGCCGGGCCGCGCGACCCAUUCGACCCAGCCAACGCCACCGACGCGCCCGCCGCCUCCGCCGCCUCCACCUCGGGUCGACCGGUGGUUCUCAUGGUGGUGGGCGCGGGCCGCGGGCCCCUGGUGCGCGCCUCCAUGCGGGCUGCGGCGCGGGCGGGCGCGCGGCUGCGUGUGUACGCGGUUGAGAAGAACCCCAACGCGGUGGUGCACAUCCAGCACAUGCUGCGGACCGAGGGGUGGAGCGACUGCGUGACUCUGGUGUCGGCGGACAUGCGGCACUGGCAGGCUCCCGAGCCCGCCGACAUCCUGGUCUCGGAGCUGCUCGGCUCCUUCGGUGACAACGAGCUGUCGCCCGAGUGCCUGGACGGGGCGCAGCGCUUCCUGGCGCCUGGGGGCAUCUCCAUACCGCAGUCCUACACCUCCUUCCUGGCGCCGGUCACCACGCACAAGCUGCACCACGACGUCAAGGCCUACAAGGACCUGGAGCACUUCGAGACGCCCUACGUGGUGCGGCUGCACAGGCACUACCUGCUGGCGCCCACGCAGCCGCUGUUCACGUUCGUGCACCCCAACACCGACGCGCCGAUUGACAACUCGCGGUACGACAGCCUCGUGUUUUCUCGCGACCCAGCGGACGGCGCGGCAGUGCUUCACGGCUUUGCCGGGUACUUCGAGUGCGCGCUCUACAAGGACGUGUUGCUGUCGAUCCACCCGCCAUCGCACAGCGUAAAUAUGUUCAGCUGGUUCCCCAUUUUCUUCCCGCUGCGCGAGCCGGUGUACGUGCCGGCGGGCGGCGAGGUGGGGGUGCAGGUGUGGCGAUGCUGCGCGCCGCACAAGGUGUGGUACGAGUGGGCGUUGAGCGCGCCGGUGGCGGGGCCGAUCCACAACGUGAACGGCCGGUCGUACUGGGUGGGGCUGUGAGCGGAGCGUUUUGUGUGUGUAUGCGUGUGUGUACCGGUUGUGAUUUGAGAGGGAGGGGAGGGGCAGCGAGCGGGUUAGGUGGCGUGUUGCGACGGGUCGCGAGGUGAGCGGCGGCAGCAUGGAAUGAAGAUGGACGUCGGAUGGGAUUGUCGAUGCUCGGUUUGGAGUAAGCUACAUGCAUGCAGGUUGUGCGCGCGCUACUAUGGAUUGGCGUGAAGGAGCUGGGCAGGAGGUGGGAGGGCGGGAAGGGCUACUGAAGAGUGCGAGUGCGACACUCACACCGGCUGGCGCGCAAGUGAACAGAGUCGCGAGUUUCUCUUUAAGCAGGUGCUAUGUUACAUGCCAUAGUUGUGUAAGCAGGCUAGUAU